GCCGAAUGUAUCAAAUCUGGCAGAGGUUUGUAAUGUUGAAGCUGCGAGAAUCUACCGAAGAUGGGGAUUGUAUUGUACUUUGACUAACCACUGGGACAUAAGAUGUCAAUCAUGAAUAUUAUAACGUAAACUCAAUCCAUAGGACUGUGAGUGUGACGCAUAAUACAGCUUUUAAUAUCUCUGCCAAGAAGAGAUCGGUGGCAAUAUGAGUUUCGUUAUAUCUAAUAUGCGUUUUCAUUUUCCACGUAACCCUGGUAACCUGGUAUUUUUAAUUGGUAGCAUAUUUACCUUAAUUGUUCUUGCUGUGUCAUACAGGAAAAUUGAUAAAAUGGUUCCGGAAGUAAGAAAUGUCAACAUUAACAAAUACAACGAUCAACAGUCAGCGUUGUUUUCAAGCCACACGUACAAGGAUAACCCGCCUACAUAUAUGACUAACUAUGCGUGGGCGAUGCAGAAGAACUAUCUUCCGAAUUUCUACACUAGACGAGUCUUCUCUGGUACUAACCGCUGGCCAUCCGAUUCCUUCUACGCCAACGGAUCUAUUGUAUUUGUGGAUAACCAUAAUUCAGCUGGAGGUGUGAUGAAAGAGUGUAUGUCACUGCUUGCCGCCAAUGUGUCUUUACCCAAACCAACACUGGUAUGGAACAAUAACGUUGCAAAGUUCUAUUCAGAGAUGAGCGGUGACGGGAGCAAUCAGUUGCUUGAGAAGAUGUAUCUUGGCGGUUUCACAAUGGGUGUCUGCGAUUAUACCAAUGAACCGUGUUCCUACUUUACGGUCAUACGAGAACCAUAUGAACGUAUUAUAGCAUCUUACGUGUACUGUAAAGGUGCCAAUGAGUUGCCAUGCCUAGCACGGAGCGCGAAAGGAAAAUUACUCACGCUGAAGGAAUGGGCGAUGCGUCAGGGAAGUUUCUUUUUCAGACAAUUGCUCCACAAACCGGACGUUUGUAGCAUAGCCUACCUGUCAACAAUUGAAUCGUUUCGACAACCAGACGAUCCCACCGCUGCAACUAUGCCGUGUUGGUAUCGAAAUAAACUGUAUCUGGAUCAUAUCAUGGAUUCACAAGAGAAAUUAAAGGUUUUGGAUUUUGUUCUGGAACACUUAGAAACGUGGUUCGGUGUUGUUGGAAUUACUGAAGAGUAUGACACGUUUCUGAAACUUUUGCAACAUGCUUAUAAGUUACCUUUUGAAAAGAUUUGUUUGGACACCGUUGAACAAGAGGUUUUCAAAACGGAAGGUGACUAUCUAUCGCAAAGUGAACUGCUAGUUGACUUGAAACGAGAGCUUCUCGCCGACCAAGAAGUAUUCGAAGCUCUUUACUUCGACAUCAGAAUAUAUCAGAAAAUUCAGGAAAUAUUUGUGAGUCAGAAACAAAUUUACUUCACCAAUGUUGAACAUCAAUCGCGAGUGGAAGAGUAG